AAGUUGAUGUCACCUGGGGGGAGAUUUGGGUUUUCAUUUUGAUUUUGGGUCGUGACAAUCGGUUUGUAGCCCAUGAGAACCCAAAAUGAGUAAACAUUUACAUUUUGGAAUCUGGAAUGAACUUUCCAAAAUAUAAUGGAAGGUGUAAGAUGCAACAAUGGAGGUGCAGGGUACAAUUCCGUUAGUUUCCAUUUUGAUGUUAGUUAUGCGUUCACGAGCCAUUCGUCCAAGUUUGAAAUAAAAAAAGGCGCAUCUUAUUUUUGUUCUGUGACCCCAUUAAAUGUUUGUGAAAAUGCCAGACAGAAACUCCUCCGUCCACACCCAAUCCACCACCGCAGUGACCCCACGAAGGUCACCCAGGUUCCCCCCCCAACAAAACAACGACACUCCCGCCCCGAAAUCCGCGAAACGCAGCGUUUCCUCCAACAAAUCGGACAAGUGCGCUGCUGGAUCGAGAAGAUCCCCGAGGCUGAACAAUGUUGAACAACGACCUCCCCCUCUGAGACGAUGUCCCAGGUUGAACAACGAGUCAAGCGACAAAAAAUUGAAAGACACGAGAGUGAAGAAGGGCGGUGAAGCUGAAACGAAGGAAAAUCGUGUCGUUUCGGACGAGGGUUUCGGUGGAGGAAGAAAGAAGAAGAGAAACAGGAAGAGGAUUGAAGUUGAAACGCAAGAAAACGGUGUCGUUUCGGAUAAGGGAUUUGUUGGAGGAAGAAAGAAGGAGGAAAAUGAGGAGAGGGUGGAAACGAAAGCAAAUUGUUUCGUUUUGGAUGAGGGUUUUGAUGGAGGAAGAGAGAAGGGGGUAAAUGGGGAGAAGAGAAAGCGUGGUAGCGAAGAAAUCAGUAAAGGGUGGACGAAGGAACAAGAAUUGGCUCUUCAAAGAGCGUAUCUUGCUGCAAAGCCUAGCCCCCAUUUCUGGAAGAACGUUUCGAAACUGGUGCCAGGAAAGUCUCAACAAGAUUGCUUUGAUAGAAUUCACUGUGACUAUAUGACACCACCUGAAACUCAGCCUCGAUUGAGGGCAAAGACAUUUAAGUCAUCACCCAUUCACCAAUUUUCUAUAUCUGCAAGUAAACUUCUCAAACCUAUGGAUAAAACAGCUAGAAGAUCUAAUGUUCUAAAACCAAAGAACAUUAUUACCCAGAAGUCUGUUGACAAGCUGUUACAGCGCCAUCUUAAAGUAGAUCUAGAUCGUGAAGGGGACAUAUUUUCUGUUCUUGAACCAAACACUGAUUUUUCUACUAAUGCUUUACAGCCUAGUGAAGCACUUUCUACUCCGAAGCAGCAAAAGGAAAACAAAGGGUUCCCGCAAAAUUGCACUGAAACAUCAUCUUCAAGCCAUAAGAAGCCACCUUCAAGAUUGAGUGGCUCGUGUGUUACAGAACUUGUUAGUCCCCCAGUACUAAAGAAAGUAAAGAACAGGGUAAUGCAUGAGAAAUAUAUCAAUCAAUUGCGCUGUAGGGAAUCUAGGAGAAGAGCAGAUGCUACAAAAAUAAUUGAAGGAACCAGCAUACAGAAAAGGGAUGUAGUUAAUGCUGCAAAAGUUGCCUUGGUUUCUGAAGCUAGAAAUGCUAUCAAUAAAUUUCAACAGUCGCAAGUCAAUUUCGUGGACAAUACUUCUAGUUCUGGUGAAGAUAACGAUGAUGGCAUUGAAUUUGAAGAUGAAAGUCAAUAGGUGUUUUUGAUGCUGUUUUAGUGAAACUUGUUGACUAAUUGCAUGUAUUGUAUAGUAGUAUGACUUGUAGAUUUAGAAACCGUAGUCCCUAGCUAGUAAACAACUAUUUUUUAUUUUUGAAAAAUCUGGUUUUGUUGUAUUUCUCUGUAGUUACUAAUUAAAAGUUUUCAGUAAAAUUAAUUGUUAAA